AUGCAGCCCAACUGCAGCCACUUCCACAGCAUCCACGGGAGCGGUGAGGACUCUCUCUCCUCUCCGAGCACCCACGGAACGACGCUGCCAGGGGACAGCUCCUGCCACCAUGGCACGGAUGUGCACAUCCAGCUGAGCCCUGCUGUGGGAGAAACCAUGGAGAACACAAGCUCCAGAGCCUCCAGGAGCUCCCAGAGCCGCUCCCACGGACACAGCCACGCGGAGGCAGCAGGGCCAGAUGAUCCCACUCCAGACUCAGAGGAGCACGGCGGCAGCUCCCUGUCAGAGCUCAGAUACCUCCUGCACUGGCUGCACAAAAGUCUGCCCUAUGUCCUGAUCCUCUGUGUCAAACUCAUCAUGCAGCAUAUCGUUGGCAUUUCUCUUGGAAUUGGGCUGCUAACAACUUAUGCAUAUGCAAACAAAAGCAUAGUAAAUCAGGUUUUUCUACGAGAUCGGUGCUCCAGGUUGCAAUGUACUUGGUUACUACUGUACCUCACUGGAUCAUCUCUCCUCCUGUAUUACACCUUUCAUUCUCAGGCACUGUAUUACAGCUUAAUCUUCUUAAACCCUACAGUGGAUUUUAUGAACUUCUGGGAGGUACUUUGGACUGUGGGAGUCACAGACUUUAUCCUGAAAUUCCUCUUCAUGGGCUUCAAGUGCUUUAUUCUCUUGGUGCCUUCUUUUAUGAUGUCCUUUAAAUCCAAGGGCUACUGGUACAUGCUGUUAGAAGAACUCUGCCAGUAUUACCGUAUGUUUGUCCCCAUACCAGUUUGGUUCCGUUAUCUUAUUGCCUAUGGGGAGCUGGACAGUGCACUGGGAUGGACCCUUGGGAUACUGCUGGGCCUUCUCUACCUCAUCCUAAAAAUCUUGAGCUUUUUUGGACAAUUGAGGAACUUCAGGCAGGUCCUAAGGAUAUUUUUUACACGCCCACACUAUGGGGUACCAGCCAGCAAGAGACAGUGCUCUGAGUCAGAUGAUAUCUGUUCCAUCUGCCAAGCUGAAUUUCAGAAGCCUAUUCUGCUGAUCUGUCAGCACACAUUUUGUGAAGAAUGCAUCUCUCUAUGGUUUAAUAGAGAAAAAACCUGCCCACUCUGCAGAACUGUUAUUUCAGACCAUGUUAACAAGUGGAAGGAUGGAGCCACAUCUAUGCAUCUACAGAUUUUCUAAAGCUUGUCAUGC